AAACCUAAUCUAAAUCUAAUGUCGCACCUGGGUGCGAAGGGGUCCAAGGCCCUCCUCAGCAAUCUUGGAACACCAGGGCGAUCAGCGGCAACCCGAAGAUGCAAUGUCGCUCUUUCCACCGCGCCCGGCGUGCGCUACUCUUCAACCGAGCAAAAAAGCCAUAGCUUCAAGGGCCAGAUGAUGGAGAGCAUCCAGCAGCGCCUGGCCAGAGAAAAAGCCGACAGAGAGCGUAUCGAGAGGGAGCGCCAGGAGUCAGCCGGUUCUAAGUUUCUCACCCAGACAUUCAUGUUCCUCUUUAUCGGCGCGUCUGCCUACUACUUGGGCACCAAGGUCCCACAACCUCCCAGCACGGCUUCGACCCUUCCGCUUUCCGCCGUACCACCUCUCAAGGAAGUCAAGGCUUCAGAGCUGCAGGCCGCGUGGGCAGACCUGGUCGCAAUAGUCGGCAAGGAGAACGUGAGCACCAAAGACACCGAUCUCGACGGCCAUUCGGGCUCAACAUGGUCCUCGCACCCCCACCGGCCCGAGGACCGCCCAUUCUGCGUCGUGUGGCCACAAAGUACCGAUGAGGUCUCCAGGAUUAUGAAGACGCUGCAUGAGCGCCGCAUCCCCGUGACGGGUUACAGUGGCGGGACAUCGCUCGAGGGCCAUUAUGCGCCCACCCGCGGCGGCGUCGUUAUCGAUUUCGGCAAGAUGGCUCGCGUCAUAGCGAUCAACGACAAGGACCUCGACGCCGUCGUGCAGCCUGGGCUUGGGUGGGAGGCGCUCAACGACGCCCUCUCAUCGCACGGCCUGUUCUUCCCACCUGACCCCGGCCCAGGCGCCAUGAUUGGCGGCAUGAUUGGCACCGGCUGCAGCGGCACGAACGCGUACCGCUACGGCACCAUGAAAGAUUGGGUCAUCUCGCUCACGGUGGUCUUGGCCGACGGUACAAUCGUCAAGACGCGCCAGCGGCCCCGAAAGAGCUCCGCCGGCUACGAUUUGACACGCCUGUUUGUCGGCUCAGAAGGCACCCUGGGCCUGGUGACUGAGGCGACGCUCAAACUCGCCGUCCGGCCCGCGUCAACGUCGGUGGCAGUCAGCACUUUCCCCUCUGUUCGCGCUGCGGCCGACUGCGUGGCCGCCGUGGUGGGCGCAGGCAUUCAAGUCGCUGCAGUCGAGCUCCUGGACGACGCCCAGAUGAAGUGCAUCAACGAUGCCGGCAUGACAACCCGGUCAUGGAAAGAGGCCCCAACCAUCUUCUUCAAGUUUGCCGGAACGCAGGCCGGUGUGAAGGAGCAGGUGUCGCUCGUGCAGAAGCUGGCAAAGGGCAACAGUGCAACUUCGUUUGACUUUGCCAAGAACGAGGACGAACAGAACGAGCUCUGGAGCGCGAGGAAGGAGGCGCUAUGGAGUACCAUGGCGGUUAAGAAGGAGGGCGAACACGUCUGGACCAGCGACGUGGCUGUCCCCAUCUCGAGGCUUCCGGACAUCAUUGAAGAGACCAAGGCGGACUUGAAGCGGAGCGGGCUGUUUGGUACCAUCGUGGGCCACGUGGGCGACGGCAACUUCCACACGAUCCUGGUCUACUCGGAUGCUCAGAGGAAGGCGGCGGUUGAUUUUGAGCACAGGAUGGUGAAGCGGGCGAUUGAGAUGGAGGGAACCGUGACUGGCGAACACGGAGUCGGCCUCGUCAAACGGGAUUACCUCACCCACGAGCUGGACCAAAACACGGUGGAUCUCAUGCGCAAGAUGAAGGCCGCAUUUGACCCGUUGUGUUUACUCAACUGCGACAAGGUUGUUCGCAUGCAGAAGCCGCGGCCGGGUGAGGUCGAUGAGUGGUAG